UUAAAGAUCGCUGUGAAUGGUUCUAUGAACAUCUGCAUGCCGGGCAGCCAGAUUCGGAUAUGGUGCACAGGCCUGUCAAUGAAAACGACAUCCUUUUGGUUCACCGAGAUUCUAUUUUCAGGAGUAGCUGUGAAGUUGUGUCUAGAGCAAAUUGUGCAAAACUAAAGCAGGGAAUUGCUGUGAGAUUUCAUGGAGAAGAAGGCAUGGGGCAGGGUGUGGUGCGUGAGUGGUUUGAUAUCUUAUCCAGUGAAAUAGUAAAUCCCGAUUACGCCUUAUUUACCCAGUCAGCUGAUGGAACAACUUUCCAGCCCAACAGCAACUCUUCCGUAAAUCCAGAUCAUUUGAACUACUUCCGUUUCGCAGGCCAGAUCCUGGGGCUAGCCCUGAAUCACAGGCAGCUGGUGAACAUUUACUUCACAAGAUCAUUCUACAAACAUAUUCUUGGUAUACCUGUAAAUUAUCAGGAUGUAGCAUCCAUUGAUCCAGAGUAUGCAAAGAACUUACAGUGGAUUUUAGAUAAUGAUAUCAGUGAUCUGGGUUUAGAGCUGACCUUUUCGGUGGAGACUGAUGUGUUUGGGGCAAUGGAGGAGGUGCCAUUGAAGCCGGGGGGUGCAAGUAUACUUGUUACACAGGAAAACAAGGCUGAGUAUGUCCAGCUUGUCACGGAGCUUAGAAUGACAAGAGCCAUUCAGCCUCAGAUAAAUGCCUUUUUACAGGGCUUCCAUAUGUUCAUUCCGCCAUCUUUGAUCCAGCUUUUUGAUGAAUAUGAACUGGAGCUUUUGCUAUCUGGUAUGCCAGAAAUUGAUGUGAAUGAUUGGUUAAACAAUACAGAAUAUACCAGUGGCUAUGAGAGAGGAGACCAAGUUAUUCAGUGGUUCUGGGACGUUGUGGAAGAACUAACUCAGGAAGAGAGAGUAUUACUGUUACAGUUUGUUACUGGCAGUUCCAGGGUGCCUCACGGUGGCUUUGCCCACAUAAUGGGUGGCAGUGGAUUGCAAAAUUUUACAAUUGCUGCUGUGCCGUAUACUGCAAAUCUUUUACCAACAUCAAGUACAUGCAUCAACAUGCUCAAGUUACCCGAAUACCCAAGUAAAGAAGUCCUGAAGGACAGGCUUCUCGUGGCAUUGCACUGUGGAAGCUAUGGUUACACAAUGGCGUAACGACGUCUGGAAAAACCCAUCUGACUGCUGGUGCGCGCUUCCGAGUGGCAGAAGUAAUUCUGGAAACCGUCAGUAGAAAAGCAGCUUAGAUGCUGCAGCCUAUUGGCAGGGCUGGGCUUCAGAAUUCCUACAGGAUCACCAGCUUUUCCUCCAUCACGUGUAGUCAGAGUAACGUCGGUAGUGUCACAAAAGACAAACUUCUCCCUAUGCUGGAUUUUAAUUUUUUAAAAUGACAGAUCUGUAUAGAAGUCAGUUUACAUGGUUUUCAUUAUUACUUCGGCCUGAAUCAGAACGUUUGUCAGAAUAUUUCUCUUCCCACAGUUUACUUUUGAUUUUCAACCAUAUGGCUGAAUGAUGGUUGCGGUUCAGUUUACUUUGUGCUCCGAUGGCAUCCUGCUGACGGACAGACCUGUACUUUAUGCCUUGUUGCAUGUGAAAGUGCCGUUUAUUUUUGCAGAGAACGCUAUGGAAAGUUCAAUUGGGAUAUUGUACAGUAAGACAGAGCUGAUGUAUUUUCCAUCUCUUUGCAUAAUAACGUUUUAUAACUUUUUAGUAUUUUAAUGUAUAUAGUAUGUAAAGGUUAGACUGUUAUCACUGGAAAAAAUAACAGAUCAAGUUAAUAUCUAUAUUAGAAUUUACACUAUAUUCUACUACAUAUUUAAAGUAUUUGUGACUUUAUAUUCAACUUGCAGUUUAGAAAUUGUAAAUAUUAUUUAAGAUCUGUAUCCAUUGUUUGAAUGCCUUUACUCUUUCCUUGACAUAAUUUUAUGUUCAAAGGGUAUUAUUAAAUUUUAAUAUUUUUACCAGA